UUCACCGACAACGUAAAAUUCAUUGUGCUACAUUUUGGGCAAUAAUGCUUAAUGCCAUUUUUGAAAACAAUUAACUUCGAUAUAUACCAUCAUCCAAAUUGCAGAAGUAGCUCAUUGAACGAUGACAUAUCCUUACUCAUCUAAUCAUAAUCAUACAAUGACACCGUUUAAUGUACAUAAUGAUCAUGAUGAUCUAUCUGAAACAGAAUUUCUCAAAAAUGCAAUAGCUACCCAUACUAAAUAUGGUAGUACAAAUUGUAACUUUGGUCAACAAAAUUAUCGCUUCAUAACUCAUUAUAUCGAACCAACUGAUACGUUACAAGGUCUUGCAUUAAAAUAUGGAUGCAAGAUUGAAAAUAUAAAAAAAUUCAAUAAACUUUUUUCAGAUGAUAACAAUCAUCUUCGGUCACGUUUUUCCAUAUUGAUACCUAUUGAAACUGAAACAAAGAUUCAAUUCGAAUCAGACCUAUCAUCAUCGCAAUCUUCAUCAUCUAGUCUUGAUCGAUUCAAACAAAUUCCGAAUGAUCAACCGUCAUCUAAUAGCCAUCCAAUAUCUUCAUCAAGUCCAAAAUUCGAAUAUCGAAAUUCACAAAGUUUCGACAGCGUUCGAAUCGCCAAUCGUGAUAAUAAAGCCAACAAAGAUUCGAAAUUGACGAAUAAAUCCAUAAGCUUUAGUGAUAAAAAUCAUCUGAAUAAAGAUGAUGAAAGUGUUGCCGAUUUUCUAAUACGGAUUGAUAGCUCAAUAGCUCGAACAAAAAAUCAAGUAGAAAAUCUUUCAAAACGUGUUUCCAGUGAUAUGUCGAUUGAAAAUGAAUUGAAUCGAAUAAAUUCAAAAAAAUUUAACCCACCUUCACGAAUACUGUCAUCAUCGACAUCGUUUCGUGCAUCAUCGAAAUCAAAUUCCAAUUCCAACAUAUUUGAUCAACAUCAGGAUAAUGUACCACACGUUACUGUUAAUCGUAAUAAAAAAAUUAAAUCCUCACUAAAACGUUUGGAAAAAUCUCAAGAAGAGAUUUUUGAGUUGUGAUUUCUAUUUUACCAUUCAUUCAUAUGCCAAGCAAUUAUGUUGGCUUCUGCAUCUGUUCUUUUUUCUUCAAUUGCUUAUUUGUAACAAAAUUCUCACAAUUUAUGCCUAAGUUUGU